AUACGAAACAUUUCGUAGUUAGGGUUUAACGACAAAGCAAAAAGAGUUGAAACAACGAAGAACAAAGUCUCAAAGUUUCAGCAAAAUCGUAUCAAUUAAUUCAUGGCAGACCCUGAAAUCAAUCUCCAAGCUUCUUCACCAAUGAACGAAACCAAUAACAAUAACAAAAACAAAAACAAGAAGAAGAAGAAGCACGAUAAGAAGCGAACCCGUGAUAUCGUUGAAGAAGAGGAACACGCCGAAGAGAUUGUGAAUGAUACUCAUAGCAACGAAGAGUCCUCAAAAAAGAAGAAGAAGAAUAAAGAGGAAGAAGAUGUUGUUGAAGUAGAAGAUGAAUUGGAAGAGAAAAAAGUGAAGAAUAACAAAGGUUCUGGAAUUAUGAGUUCUGAAUCAUUUUCUUCUCUUGAAUUAUCUGAAAAUACUUCUAAAGCUAUUGUGGAUAUGGGAUUUCAACACUUAACUCAGAUUCAAGCAAGAGCGAUUCCACCACUUUUGAGUGGAAAAGAUGUUCUUGGUGCUGCAAGGACUGGUUCUGGAAAAACUCUUGCCUUUUUAAUUCCUGCUGUGGAGCUUUUGCACAAGCUUAAGUUUAAUCAGCGAAGUGGAACCGGUGUUGUUAUCAUAUGCCCUACUAGAGAGCUUGCCAUUCAGACACACGAGGUUGCUCAGAAGCUUCUAAAGCAUCAUCGUCAUUCACAAACUCUUGGAUUGGUUAUUGGAGGUUCAGCUAGAAGAACUGAAGCUGAAAGCCUUGCUAAAGGGAUAAAUAUAGUGGUAGCUACUCCUGGUCGUCUUCUGGAUCAUCUACAAAAUACCAAGAGAUUCAUAUAUAAUAACCUGAAGUGCCUCAUUAUCGAUGAAGCUGACAGGAUAUUGGAAGCAAACUUUGAGGAUGAAUUGAAGCAGAUUAUCAAGCUCCUCCCAAAGAACAGACAGACAGCUUUAUUUUCAGCUACACAAACAAAGAAGGUUGAAGAUCUUGCUCGCCUGUCAUUUCAGACGACUCCUAUCUAUAUUGAUGUAGACGAUGGGAGAAAGAAGGUUACAAAUGAAGGGUUGCUUCAGGGUUAUGUUGUUGUUCCCUGUGCCAAGCGAUUUAUGGUUCUUUAUUCCUUCUUGAAGAGGCACAAAUCGAAAAAAGUGAUGGUCUUUUUCUCUUCAUGCAACAGUGUCAAAUUCCAUGCAGACAUUUUUAAUCACAUUCAUUUGCAUUGUUCAAGUAUUUACGGAAAACAAAAGCAGCAGACCCGGACAACUACUUUUGUUGACUUCUGCCAAGCAGAAAAGGGCAUCUUGCUCUGUACUGACGUUGCUGCUCGUGGACUGGACAUACCUUCUGUGGACUGGAUUUUGCAGUACGAUCCACCUGAUGAACCAAAGGAAUAUAUCCACAGGGUCGGUAGAACAGCUCGUGGGGAAGAUGGAAAAGGCAAUGCUUUACUUUUCCUGAUUCCUGAAGAAUUGCAAUUUCUUCGCUAUCUGAAGGAAGCUAAGGUCCCUGUGAAAGAAUACGCUUAUGAUGAAAAGAAGGUGGCAAACAUACAGUCUCACCUGGAGAAUUUGGUUGCUGAAAAUUAUUUUUUGAAUAAAAUGGCUAAAGAAGCUUAUAAAUCAUACAUAUUAGCAUACAAUUCACAUUCUUCAAAGGAUAUAUUCAGUGUUCAACGCCUUGAUAUGCAGGCUGUUGCUGCUUCAUUCUGUUUUUCGAACCCUCCAAAUGUGAGUCUAAACAUAAACAUGAGCAAGCAAAGGAAGAAAACUCGCAGAGUUGAUGGAAGUAGACAUGGGUUCAAUCCUAACAAUCCUUAUGGAAAGCGAAAUGCUGAUGAUAAGCGGCAGUUUGUGAGGCAUUAAAAGCAAGCAUGUCAUGGCCAUUAUAACCAAAAAGUUUUGGUAGAAUUUUAUACAACCAGGUUUUGUAACUUAGUCAAAUUAGUCAACAUAUGAUUAUUCAAGAGAUCAAAAUUUUGUACAAUUGGACAUAUGUUUCCACAUUCUCUUGCCUUGUACCUGAAUAAUAGCCCUCCAUUCUUAUGAUUUAGUUUGUAAUUAUUUUUUUAUUGUAAGUUCUAUCAUUAACUUUUAUUCAAUCAGGUUUAAAUGCAGUUUGAUUUUGAA